UUUUCCCGCUGACACCCAUGGUAUCAAAGGCCAGCAUCCCACUUCUUCUUAUUGGCGCACUAAUUUCCCUUUAAUGGGCUGAUCAUUGCUUUUGGAAAUAUGCCACCACCUUUCCUCCAUGGACAGAAACGACAUCCUUACUCUUAUUGCAGAACCGUCGGUGGAUGGAAACCAAGAACCAGAUUGAUGGGAUUUUGGCUAUCAACCUGCAGUCGAAGAGAGUCUCACAAGGCUUAAAUGACACGACAAUUUUCUUCCAGUCAUGAACUGCAACCCAACGCGCAUGAAAUUGAAGAGCUCGCUCAGGAUCUACUCAUAAAACAAAUCCAAAAUCAUCUACAGAUUGACCUUGGAGUAGAAUGAUUAAUUAAAACACAUGCCUCGGAUUCAAUCCACCGAAAGAGAAGUGGAAGAACAUGCAUUAAUAAACUUUUCAAUUUGAUAAUGAGACUCACCAACCACACUAACUACUAAGUAUAAAUUAACACUAGAAAACACUCUUAAUCCCCAUCGUCUUCUUCAAAACUCUCUUCUGGCUACCUCAUGUGUCAAAUGGGAAGCAUUUCUUCAAACAACAAAAGCAUAUUCCACAUCUCAAUCCUCUUCCUUCCAUGUUUCACUUGCCUUACUUAUUGCCAAGACUUUCAAGGCCGGUCUCCAUUGAUAUCACCUCCAUUAAUUCCAGAAAUCUUAAACUUCUUAGACCAAAGGCUUGCCUUAGUAUAUCCAAUAAUCCAAGACUUCAAGAACACUAUCACCUCUGAUCCCCUUAACAUCACUCAAACUUGGGUUGGCGCGGAUAUAUGCAACUACAGAGGCUUCUACUGUACUAGUCCACCUGAUAAUGACUCUGCCAUUACCCUAGCUUCCAUUGAUUUCAAUGGAUUCCAGCUAUCUGCCCCUACUCUCGAUGGCUUCAUUGAUCAACUCCCUGACCUUGCUCUCUUCCAUGCCAACUCUAACAAAUUUUCUGGCGCCAUAUCACCAAAAAUCACCAAACUACAGUUUCUUUAUGAACUAGACAUAAGCAACAAUAAUUUCUUUGGCAGUUUUCCCAUGGAGGUUCUUGGAAUCCCUGCCCUAUCAUUUUUAGAUAUCCGAUUCAAUUUCUUUACUGGAACAGUUCCUCCACAAGUAUUCACUCAACGCCUUGACGUACUCUUCCUCAACAACAACAAUUUUAUGCAAAGACUCCCUCAAAACCUAGGCUCGACCCCAGUGCUUUACCUCACCUUGGCUAACAACAAAUUUAUCGGUCCGAUCCCACGCAGCAUCAUUGAAGCUUCCGCGACAUUAACUGAAGUGCUGUUCUCGCACAACUUACUUACAGGUUGCCUCCCAUAUGAACUAGGUUUUUUGAGAAAUCUAGUCCUUUUUGAUGCUAGUAACAACUUCUUAACCGGUCAUUUACCAUGCUCGUUGGGAUGUUUGGCUAAGCUUGAACAGUUCAAUCUGGCCAGCAACUUAUUGUAUGGACAGGUGCCAGAGGUGUUGUGCGCCUUGGGGAAAUUAGUGAACUUGUCACUUUCGAGUAAUUAUUUUACAAAACUAGGGCCAAAGUGUGGGGAACUAGAGAAGAGAGGCGUUCUUGAUAUUAGAAAAAAUUGUAUUCCUGACCUUCCUGGUCAGAGAUCAGCGCGGGAGUGUGCGGCUUUCUCCUUGCACCCUAGGUAUUGCUCAAACCCUGCUUCGUUCAACUACAUUCCUUGUAAGGUUCCAUCAUCAUUGAGUCAUCCUCAGAUUGGAACAAAGAGAAAUUUGGUCGGUUAUAGUGCUCUUUUGAGACAGGCAGUUGAAUUUCCAGGAAGAAACUAAGAAUGUAUGAAAGGUUUGUCUGAACAAUGUAAAGGCUGAUAUACAAGCUGCACAAACUUCAUGCUAAUACGAAUUGCAAGAAUUGUCCCGAAAAAAAAUAUGCAAGCUGUACUGUUCACAAAACAAAUAUCGCUACUUGAAAUCGUUCCUUCUA